AUAUCCUAGAAAAUAACUGUGUUUAAGUAGAUUUUUUAGGAGGGAGAGACAGCAACAACCUCGAAGCUAGUUCAAACUAGUGGGAGGUUGUCUGCAAGGCAGCAAUCUUAGUCAAAAUACUUAAUUAAUCAAGUAGAAAUCUUAAUUAAUCGAAUCGAAAUUACUAUCAAUGGCUCGUGGAAAGAUUCAGAUGAAGAGGAUUGAGAAUCCGGUGCACAGGCAGGUGACUUUCUGCAAGCGGCGUGCAGGGCUCCUCAAGAAGGCUAAGGAGCUCUCUGUGUUGUGUGAUGCUGAAAUUGGUGUUAUCAUUUUUUCAGCCCACGGAAAGAUCUUUGAACAAGCCAGCAAAGGAGCCAUGCAAGGUUUGAUAGAGAGAUACAUGAAAAAUAACCGGGGAACUCAAGCUGAACAAGUUGUCAAAGAUAAGGAAGUUGUGGAUCUUAAAGAUGAGAUUAGCAAGUUGAAGCUUGAGAUUGAUGUUCUCCAGAAAGGGAUAAGAUUCAUAUUUGGAGGAGGAAAUGAUUCAAUGACCUUGGAUGAAAUGAAUGUUCUUGAGAAACAUCUUGAAUUAUGGAUGUGCCAUGUUCGCUCAGCAAAGCCAUCAUAUUUUUAUCCAGAUGGAUAUUAUGUUUCAAGAAAUCCAGUUGCUGAAGAACAAGGAGGAAAUACUGAAGGCAGCUAACGAGUAUCUGCAAUAUAAGAUGAAUGAGCAAUAUGGGAUUGAUAGCAUUGCACCAAUGCUUACUGACAUUGAAUACCCACUAAUGACUAACAAUCAGUUCCCACUAACCAUACAAAAUGAAAUAUAUCAGUUCUAACGUUUGCUCCAUCAAUUUAUUAAUAAGUAGGAAUAAUGAAUGUGUACGAGCGAUGUAAUAAGAGUGUCUCGGUGUGUUGAGAUGUCGUGAGAUGACUAAGUGAUGUUUCAUUUACUUACUUUAACAAAUGUUGCUAUAUAAGUUACUGCCUCUAUAUA